UUGUUUUCUUGCCUUCUCAUCCACCCAUUUCUCUUAAACUCUCAUUCUUUUUCUUUCUCCCACUCAUGUAUUGUCCUCGACAUUGAUCUCUCGCGGCUUGCGAACAGGUCUGGCGCACGCAGACCGGAGAUAGGGCACGUUGUCGAAUACAAACGGGCCAAAGGCCUUCAACGUCACAGCGCACAACGAAUGCAAUUUGCCGGCGCCGCGUUUAAUUACACUCCAGGCGGUCACAGGUCCGCGUGCCGAACACGAGGACAUGAUUCUGCCAUUGAGCUGAUCGCAGUGCUAUCCCAACAAGAAUUUCCUGUGUCGGUAAUCAUCGCUGAUUACAGCGCCUCGAGAAGGUUGUUUUGUUUCUUUGGAAAUCAUCCUUUCGCCAUGACCAGGCUAAUGGAAGAAUACUGCCAUGGUAUGUUUCUCUACACACAGAGCGUGUACUUUCCCCUGGUUAACACGAAUAAAAGUUUAAUAGCACUGAAUAUUAAUUACCCGAUUAAAAUAUUUUUUUUAGGAGAAACUUCAUAA